CCUUUAGGAGUAGGUAUCAUGUGAAUGUCAACUAAAUUGCGACGAUAUAAAGUGCGGUUUUGCCGAAGAUAUAACAUUUUGAUCCUGUUCGCCAUAAAAGAUAGACCAUGGCGAGAUACAUGUGUGUUCUGGUCGUAUUCCUAAUCGCGGCCAACCUCUGCCUGGGAGGUUCACAAAAGAAGCCCAAAGUGGUUUGUGGCCCCAUUGUGAAGACUGAGCAACCUGUGUGUGGGUCAGAUGGCAACACGUACUCCAACGAAGAUGUUCUGAAAUGCCACAACUUGCACCAAGUAGCUGAAGGGAACCAACUCGUCAGUGUGGUGAAGAAAGGAUACUGUGAUGAAACCAGAUAAUGUAUUCUUUUUCUAUGAAGACUAUUAUUGUGUGAAUCUGUGAUUGUGAUUGAUCGAUAGCGGUGAUAUGUAGACUAAUUUAAAUUAUUUAAAUUACAAAGGUACUUUUUA